GUUUCCUGUAGGUACGAUGAUGUCACUUCCGCUGCUGCUGCGGUGUGGUUAGCUUUAGCUUGACGCAGGUGUGCAAAUAUCCGAUGUCGGUAAGCGCUGAUGUACUAAAAAUACAUUUUGUUUUGUGAUUAAAACCACCUCGCGUGCAUCACUCCAUAUGCCUGUAAUAAAACUGUGGUCAAACAAUUUUCAGUUCCGCUCUUGUUUUCAUUCUUCCGAUUACUCCCGGAUAUCACCCUGAUCCCUACACUAUACCUUCUCAAAGAGGAAAAGGAGAUACUGUACUUUUAUAUAAAAUGAGAAUUCGUUUGUCAUAUAGAUAAGAUGUUAUACUUAUGGAAGUACAUUCACGAACACAUUUGUACAAACAUACGUUUCUUUUAUUAUUACUAAAACUGCAACUCAUUUUUACAGUGACACGACAUUUCCCAUAAUUCUUUGCUAGUGACCUGUGACUCAAAAUGGCAGCGCCCGUGAAGCUCAUGUACAGAGAAUAUCGUUCUAGUCUAUUUUGAUCGUUUUUAUUGUUAUAUUGUUAUUUAUUUUUGUGGACACCGAGUCCGGGGGGUAACAGUGAACAUGAAGUAAAAAAAACAACCUCGUAGUCACUGAUAUAACAAUGUUUAGUGCUCCGAGGACUGUGUUUUGUACAUAGACCGCUCACUUAGGCUGCCAUUUAUUCAUACUACUGUUCAAAAAGAGGACAUGUCGUCGUUAUCUGUGUUCUCUCCGCUGUUGAGAGGAGUCUUUCAGAUAAAAAGCUACCCGAAACCCCACCGCUGCUGCAGCGGGUUGAGUUACACAGUACUGAGACACUUUUGGAGAAGUGGACUCUGUGUUUCCUCCAGCGGCCGCAGGUCGAUGAGCUCACAGACAGACAAGGAGCACAUUGACCUGUCCAAGUUCUGUGUGGACAGAAUCAGGAACUUCUGCAUCAUUGCCCACAUCGACCAUGGAAAAAGCACUUUGGCGGAUAGGUUGUUGGAAAUGACUGGUGCAAUAGCCAAGACUGAGAAGAACAAACAGGUGCUGGACAAGCUUCAGGUGGAGAGAGAGCGAGGGAUCACGGUCAAGGCCCAGACGGCCUCACUGUUUUACAACUACGAGGGUCAGGAGUAUCUUUUGAACCUCAUCGACACACCGGGUCACGUGGACUUCAGUUACGAAGUGUCCAGAUCUAUUUCUGCGUGUCAGGGCGUCCUUCUGAUCGUUGAUGCCAAUCAGGGAAUUCAAGCACAGACGGUGGCUAACUUCUACCUAGCCUUCGAAGCUCAGCUGACCAUUAUCCCUGUCAUCAACAAGAUUGACUUGAAAAAUGCUGAUCCAGAGUCAGUGGAGGCACAGAUUGAAAACCUGUUUGAUAUUCCACGUGAAGAAUGCAUCAGAAUAUCAGCCAAACAUGGAACAAAUGUUGAAUCGGUUCUGCAGGCAGUUGUGAACAGGAUUCCACCGCCCAAUGCAAACAUCGAUGACCCGUUCCAAGCCCUGGUGUUUGACUCUAAUUUCGACCACUACAGAGGCGUGGUGGCCAACAUCGCUGUGUUUGGAGGUCGGGUCAAGAAAGGAGAUAAGAUUGUGUCGGCACAUCUGAGUAAAACCUACGAGGUCAAUGAGCUGGGGCUCCUGCGACCAGAAGAGUUCCCAACACAGAAGCUGUUUGCAGGCCAGGUGGGCUACAUAAUUGCAGGGAUGAAGGACGUAAAGGAGGCACAGAUUGGUGAUACGCUUCACCUCCAGGAGCGGCCAGUAGAGGCGCUGCCAGGCUUCAAACCUGCUAAACCGAUGGUCUUUGCUGGGAUGUAUCCCAUGGACCAGUCUGAAUACCAAGGUCUACGCAGUGCUAUUGACAGGCUGACCCUGAAUGACUCCAGUGUCACGGCACAGAAGGACAGCAGCUUGGCCCUGGGAGCAGGAUGGAGACUUGGCUUCCUGGGUCUCCUACAUAUGGAGGUGUUCAAUCAGAGGCUGGAGCAGGAAUACAAUGCUUCCGUUAUAGUCACGGCGCCCACUGUGCCCUACAAGGCUGUCCUCUCUUCACCCAAACUCAUCAAAGAACAUGGCAGUGAGGAGAUCACCAUCGUGAACCCAGCUCAGUUUCCAGACAGAUGUUCAGUGUCGAAGUAUUUGGAGCCUAUGGUCCUUGGCACUGUUCUAGCCCCAGACACGUACACAGGCCAGAUCAUGACUCUUUGCCUGAACCGCAGAGGCGUCCAGAAAAACAUGGUGUACAUAGACGACCAGCGCGUCAUGAUGAAGUAUCUCUUCCCAUUAAAUGAAGUUGUUGUCGACUUCUACGAUCAUCUUAAAUCCUUGUCGUCUGGAUAUGCAAGGCAUCAUCAAAUCAAAUGUCAUUCAUCUCAUGUGUUCUUCUGUUCCAGAGAGCGUGCGUACACCGCAGGAAAGGCCAUGUGCGAGAGACUGAAAGACUCCAUUCCAAGGCAGUUGUUUGAGAUCGCCGUGCAAGCCGCGAUUGGAAGUAAAGUCAUCGCCAGAGAGACCAUAAAGGCAUACAGGAAAAAUGUGCUAGCUAAAUGUUACGGCGGGGAUAUCACUCGCAAGAUGAAGCUGCUGAAGAAACAGGCAGAGGGCAAAAAGAAGAUGAGGCGAAUUGGCAACGUGGAUGUCCCUAAAGACGCCUUUAUCAACGUCUUAAAGAGAAAAGACAAAUAGACUCGUACGUUGAAGGUGUCCAAAACCUGGGAAAGGAAAUUAGCCUCAGCCUGAUCCAAUAAUAAAGUUUAAAAAUAUUCAGUCACUUCAACUGGACGUUACUUCACUCCUGCUGUUCAGACCACACUCAAGUAUUCUGAGGACAACUCGGAGAAAAAAGGAAUGCAUACUAACAGUAAAGCAGGGGUCCCCAACCCCAGGUCUGCGGACCGGUACCGGUCCAUUGACUUUCCUCAUUACAAAAUAAAUAAUAAAUAUUUAAAAUAUAAUGUCUUCCAGACUCCAGUAGUAACAGAAUAAACUCUAUAAGAUGUUUUAUUUUGAAAAUUUGAAAGUAUGCCAUCGGUCAGAUGAAAGAAAGGAGUACUCUACAGCCACAAAUAUGUUGCUUUUCAAGGAAAAGGACUACUAUGAGUUUCUGUCAGUGACUGUUUAUUAUUUACAACAGUUUACAAUGAUGACUGUUGGGAAUAUAACUAUUUAAAAUGAAACAAAUGUUGCAUCCUUUCCUAUCUUUUUGAUAUUCAAUAAAAUGAAAGGAUUUUGUUGGGAAUUAAAAAAAAUGUCCAGGGAUAUACAGUUGAACGUCCCUGAGUCUGUUAGGAUUAUUGAACUAUAAAACAUUUCUUGUGUAAAUAAAUAAUAAUAAUAAA